AUGUUGCUUUCACCGGCAAUGCUGCCACAUUUGAAUGCAGCGUUUAGAAAUAGUAGUACGGGAACAACUGAUACUGAAUCUGAUCAACCACCUACUACUUCUGGUAAUAUUCAAAAACGGAUUCAGUAUGGUUUAGUGAGUAAUUUAUUAGGCAGUGGCUUAUCAGCAGCAGCUAAUUCUGGCGAUACCACAAAUGCAGUGGAUGCUGAUAAUAAUGGUACAGUGGACCAGACCGAUCUUAUCGAAGCUAUUACGUUCGCAUCACUUUAUGGUUUUCAGGCAGUGCCGAUUCGUAUCAAAAUUUUAUUACACCGUGCAUUAUCUACAUUGACAAGAAAACGAGCUGAGGCAAUCAUUCGACGUACUGGUUGGAAGAUAGACGAUUUUGAGAGAGGAUUUAUACAGGAGGGUCCACUGAUUUUUGCUGUUGAUGCUUUUUGCGGUUCUGGUAGUGCUGCAGCUAUCUAUGCUUUAAGCGAUCCGGUGAUGACAGAUUUCCAUGGCAUUUUUUUUUUUUUGUUAUUGGUGGAUGAAAAGUAA